CCCCCCUCCUCCCCUCCCCAAACACCUCCACAGCAAGGAUGCUCUACCUCAUCGGCCUCGGCCUAUCAGACGAGACGGAUAUUACCGUCAAGGGGCUUGGGAUUGUGAAGAAAGCUGCCAGGGUGUAUUUGGAGAAUUAUACGGCGAUUUUGUUGGUGGAGACGAAAGUUUUGGAGGAAUAUUAUGGGCGCCCUGUUAUAGUUGCGGAUCGCGAGAUGGUAGAGUCGGAUAGUGAUUCUAUCCUCAAAGGCGCGGAGACGGAGGAUGUAGCUUUCCUCGUCGUCGGGGAUCCUUACGGAGCGACAACACACACCGACCUCACCAUCCGCGCCCGCGAGCUCUCCAUCCCCACAACCUGCAUCCCCAACGCCUCCAUCAUGUCGGCCAUCGGCGCGGCCGGGCUUCAGCUCUACAACUACGGCCAAACCGUCUCCAUGGUCUUCUUCACCGAUUCCUGGAAACCCACUUCCUUCUACGAUCGCGUCAAGGAGAACCGCACCAUCGGCGUCCACACGCUCGUGUUGCUCGAUAUCAAAGUCAAGGAACAGAGUCUUGAGAAUAUGGCUAGGGGGAGGUUGAUUUACGAGCCCCCACGAUACAUGACGGUAGGACAGUGCGCGGAGCAAAUGCUGGAGAGCGAGGAGAUUAGAGGGGAGGGGGCGUAUGGGCCUGAGAGUUUGGCGGUGGGAGCGGCGAGGGUGGGGGCGAGGGGGGAGACGUUUGUGAGUGGGACGUUGAAGGAGUUGGUGGAGGGGGCGGAUGGGGUGUUGGGGGGGCCGUUGCAUAGUUUGGUGUUGUUGGGGAGGAGGACGCAUGAGUUGGAGCAUGUGUUUGUGAGGGAGUUUGCGCUGGAUAGGGGGAGGUGGGAUGAGGUUUGGAAGAGGGAUUAUGAGGGGAAGACUUAG